AUGUAUCCUUCAGCUUCCUUUAAUUCCCAACUCUUCCAAGAGCUUCUGGUUGAUUCUAACACAAGAAGGCUACUGUUCCAAAACCCUGUAGAUCAUCAAUCACUAACCAACUCCUCUAUUUUAACAAACAACCGUAAUUCAACAGAUUCAUAUUUUGGAAUUUGUGAAUUUGAUUCUAAAGUUGUGAUGAUACUUGCAGUCCUAUUGUGUGCUUUUAUUUGCUCACUUGCAUUAAACUCCAUCAUACGAUGUGCCUUGAGGUUUUCAAAUGCAGCCAUAAACAACAACCAAGCUUCACAACUAUUGGUUAAUAAAGGAAUCAAGAAGAAAGCUCUCAAAACAUUCCCCACAUUGAACUAUUCAGCCGAGUUGAAACUACCUGGUUUGGACACAGAGUGUGUGAUAUGUCUCUCCGAGUUUACAAGAGGUGAAAAGGUGCGCAUUUUGCCUAAAUGCAACCAUGGUUUUCAUAUUCGUUGCAUUGACAAAUGGCUAAAGGAACACUCAUCAUGUCCCAAGUGCAGACAAUGUCUUCUUCAAACAUGUCGAAAGGUUGGUGAGUCGCAGGUGCAACCAAUUGUGCUGUCAGUGCUGGAAAUCAUUAUAAGGAUUCCACCACUAGACCAUGAAGCCGUUGAACGUAACUAUAGGGAAGAAAGCAGAUAA